AGUUAGCUAACUAACUUAUCUUACUGUAUUUGAAGAUACACAUUUCACGUUGUCAAUGAAAACGUUCAUUUGUAUUUCUUUUUUUUAAACACUAAUGUUUCAUUUAACGUUAGCUAACUACAGUAAUAUUAUGUUUAGACUCAUGGUAAUGGCCGUAUUUAACCAAAGAGAGGUGCAGCCUGCAUUAAUGAGAUAUCAAGGUACCAUUAACAUAAGUUAGUUAGUCCUGCUUCACAGAUAUGCACACAACCCUGUCGCCACUCGCCACACCUGAAAAGACAAGGACGCGGCAAACAUGCGGUCACAUUGUCUGCUAAACCUAGCCUAGCUAAAUAGAUUUUAAGCAGUAGCUAGUGUGGACAGGCUAGCUCAAUGUUAGAAAGUGUUUAUGGAUUACGUUAUACACAGUUCACAUAAAGUUAUCAUAAACAGCCUCUUCUUCUUCCACAUGUUAUGUUUCAUAUUAGUAAAGGUUUUUUCCAUAGGUGGCCAAGAUGUUGAUAAAAGUAAAACACAGAGAGACAAAGAAAUAUGUCAAAUUGGAAGAAGUCAGCUUCACAGAUUUUAUGAGUGCAGUGCAGCAGAAGUUUCUCAUACCAGAAAAUGCAGCACUGAAAGUCACAGAUGAGCAGGGUAUAGAGGUGGAUGAGGAUGUCUUUCCUGAACUUGCAGGAGUCAAAGAGGUGUGUUUUGUCAUCUAUACAGCUGAAGACAUCCUGGAAACAGAAUCAUCCAAGAAGCUGCGUGACUGCUCAGACCUAACACACUAUGUGACACUCACACCUUGUGAUUUGACUGUCCUGAAGCAACAUGUGGAAGAGCCCUCCUCUCCAAGUCUAACAGAUACAUUGUCUGUCUCAACCACCAGCAGUCAGAGCAGUGACACAAGCGAUGCCGGACUUCAAAUGACAGUGGAGCAGAUUCUGACUUCCAAACCAGCAGGGGUGACUGUCAUCCAUGAGUAUGAAAAAACUGGGAGUUUGAAAGAUUCCACCAGGCGAUUAAUGGUGAACAUCAUUGUAGCUUCAACGAAGGAGUUUCAUGCACUUGGAAUCGUGUCACUCUUCCCAUCUUUGAAGGAUCCGUACUCCAAAAAGGGAUAUAUUUUGCAGGACUUUGCAAUGAUGUUUGGAGUAGAGACUGCUUCCAGGUUCCUGGAAAAAUGGAACACCAGUUUUAAAGACAAGGUUGCCAGGGAAGCCAGAGACCUUAAAGAGACUUGUCUUCUGAAAAGAUUGCUGAAAUCUGCUUUGAACGAAGAAAUGGAUGAUGCUGAUGAGCCAGCUGGAAGGAAACGGCCAAAGAAGAUGAGUGUUGGAGAGGCAAUAGAUCAUCUGGUUAAAUUUCACAAGUCUUGCCAGAGCCUUGAGGAUCACCUCAUGAACAAUGAAGGAAACCCUCAGCCAUAUCUCCUGGCCACAGGGACUUCAAAAGCACAGGUUUUCAGCUUCUACAUAGUCUUGGAUCGAAAGCUUCUUCCAUGUCAGUCAGGCACAUCACUGGGUGCAUUUGAUGAGCUGUUCAAGUGCCACUUUGUUUUCAGUGUGAAAUAUGAAGACGCUCUGUCCAGCCUGUACACAUUUUUGCAGACCACUGUGUACAAUAUUGAUGUAGGCACAACAGUGGAAAGUCCAAGAGUCAAAGAGUUGCGAGCAAAGCUGUUGAAUAAGUAG